UAUACCAUAAAACAAAUAGUUAUAUUUUUUAAAUAAAGUGUAUUAUAUUGUGUACACAUCUUAUAUUACUUUUAAAUAAAAAGUUCUCUUAAUUAAUAUUUUUAUUGUAUGAACAGUCUAUUUAUGACAAAAAUUAAUAUUAAAAAUUCGGCAGCAUUUUGUAGUGUUGAAUAUUAUGAGGGUACUUGGAGAGCUAUGAGCAGUGGCGUUGGCAGUGCAGGCGAUAUACGCAAAACUGGUGGACCUCCUCCGCCUGAUAAGCAUAUGGUACAUUGGUUUCGUAAAGGUUUACGUUUACAUGAUAAUCCAUCGUUACGGGAAGGGCUUGUUGGGGCAACUACAUUCCGUUGUGUAUUUAUAUUAGAUCCGUGGUUUGCUGGAUCAUCUAAUGUUGGUAUCAAUAAAUGGCGAUUCUUAUUACAAUGUUUAGAAGAUUUAGAUCGUAGUCUAAGAAAAUUAAAUUCACGUCUAUUCGUAAUACGUGGACAACCUGCUGACGCAUUACCAAAAUUAUUCAAAGAAUGGGGUACAACAAGUUUAACAUUUGAAGAGGAUCCAGAACCAUAUGGCCGUGUACGGGAUGAAAACAUUACAGCAUUAUGUAACGAAUUGGGCAUAUCGGUGGUACAACGCGUCUCACAUACGCUUUAUAAGUUACACCAAAUUAUUGAAAAUAAUGGAGGGCAAGCACCACUCACAUAUCAUCAGUUUCAAGCUGUUAUUGCUAAUAUGGAUGCUCCAUCAGCGGCUGAAGGUGGAAUCACCCAGAAAAAUAUUGGUAAUGCAACAACACCAUUAACUGAUGACCACGAUGAUAAAUAUGGUGUACCGACAUUGGAAGAAUUAGGUUUUGAAACUGAAGGUUUAUUACCACCAGUAUGGCAAGGUGGUGAGAGUGAAGCAUUGGCUCGACUGGAACGGCAUUUAGAAAGAAAAGCAUGGGUUGCAUCAUUUGGCCGUCCAAAAAUGACUCCACAAUCAUUAUUGCCAUCACAAACUGGAUUAUCACCAUACCUUAGAUUUGGUUGUUUAUCUACACGACUCUUCUAUUACCAAUUAACUGAUUUGUACAAAAAAAUAAAAAAGGCAUGUCCACCACUCUCAUUACAUGGUCAAUUAUUAUGGAGGGAAUUUUUUUACUGUGCUGCAACCAAAAAUGCUAAUUUUGACAAAAUGAUUGGUAAUCCAAUUUGUGUGCAAAUACCAUGGGAUAAAAAUGCUGAGGCGUUGGCAAAAUGGGCUAAUGGUCAAACUGGUUUUCCAUGGAUUGAUGCAAUUAUGACUCAAUUAAGAGAGGAAGGUUGGAUUCAUCAUUUAGCAAGACAUGCAGUCGCUUGUUUUUUAACUCGUGGUGAUUUAUGGUUGUCUUGGGAAGAGGGAAUGAAGGUAUUUGAAGAAUUACUUUUGGACGCAGACUGGUCAGUAAAUGCUGGUAUGUGGAUGUGGCUAUCAUGUUCAUCAUUUUUCCAGCAAUUUUUCCAUUGUUAUUGUCCAGUUCGUUUUGGAAGAAAAGCUGAUCCAAAUGGUGAUUACAUUAGACGAUAUUUACCAGUACUUAAAAACUUUCCAACACGUUAUAUUCACGAGCCGUGGGUAGCACCUGAAUCUGUACAACGUGCAGCCAAAUGUAUUAUUGGUAAAAAUUAUCCGUUGCCAAUGGUCAAUCAUGCAGUAGCUAGUCGAAUUAAUAUACAACGAAUGAAACAAGUCUAUCAACAAUUGGCCAGAUAUCGAAAUGACGAUGCUGAGAAAAAAAAUUUAAUAAACGUAGCAAAUCAACGACAAAAUAUGGUUGCAAUGAGUCCAUCACCAAACACCGUAAUGUCAAGUAUUAAUAAUUCAUACAAUCUGGCUGUUAGUCAAAAACAAUCAAGCAUACCAAACAAUAAAACAGAAUCAGCAUAUAAUAUUGCAUCAGAACAAUACAAUACAGAUUAUAAUCAACAGCAAAAUCAACAAACUAGUCAACACCAACAAUUUUAUACAAUUGUCCAAACAAAUCACUCAAUAAACACAUUCACUGAAUCGUUAAAUAAUCAACAAGAACAGUUUAAACAACAACAUCACCAUCAACAAGAACAACAACAACAAAGUAAUCAGGAACAAUAUGAGAACACACGACAAACAUAUUGUGAACCAAUGAAACAAAGUCCAAUAAAUACACAACAUAAUUACGAUUAUAUGAGAGAAAAUCGUAACAAUUUUUGCAAUGAACCAAUAAAAAAAAGUAACUUACAUAAUUUCUGUGAACCAAUGAAGCAUUCGCCAAUGGUACAAAUCGAGCAGGAAUCUUAUAAACAAAAUUAUCAAGUCACGGUGCAGGAUAAUGAUGGUAACACAAGUGUGGUUACCAUUGUUCAGCAACAGCAGCAAGAACAACUAAUUGGAAAUUGUUCAAGAACAAACACAAUCAACGAUGAUGAUAGUUCGAUGACGAUUAAUAUUAAAAGAGAAGAACAAAGACAAUAAAUUGCUCGAUAAACUAAUAUCUUCGUAAUAAUGUCAUCAAAGUUAGAUUUGUUUUUUACCUAAUUGUAUUUUGGUACGUUUAAAGUUUUUUUUGUACUUCAAAAUCUUUGAAAUUGUAUUUAAAAACCAUGAAGAUGAUCUCUGUGUAAAAAGUUCUAAAUUUUAGAUGAAUAUGAGGAUAAUUUAAAACGAAAAAUAAAGUAUUUAAAAAGACUACGUAAUGCUUUGUUGGAAGCAUGGAGCCAAAUAGAAUCUGCCACCAAAGAGCAUAGGGUAGAGGAGAAGCAGCCCAUAUGAGCUAAUGUAAAAUCGUAGUAUACGAGUUUCAGCGCCUCUACCGAGUAAGGCUUUUAAACUUAAUAGAUAAUAGUCGCCCCCGCAAAGUAGUUAAACUUAAUAGUCAUACCCGCAAAGGCCUACAAACUUAAUAGUUGAUCGCCACAGACUCCAGAUGUCACUUAAAAUUAUAUUCCUGCUUCUUCUCUACCCUAUACUCUUUGUCUGCCACCUGAAAUGUAGAGCUUUUUGUGUUGACUCUCUUUUAGCGCAACGUAAUUGUAUAUUGUUAAAGUGAGUAUGUUUUGUUAUUUAAUCUUUUUGAACAUAUUAUAACUUCAAAAAACGUAAGAUAAGUGCAAAAAGACACAAUUUAUGGAUGUUUAGUUUACAGUUGACUUUUAACGCGUUAAAUAUGUGCAUAGGAAAAUAGUGUAUCUAGCUAGCAGUCCUGGAAAUCUAGAAAAUCUGAAAACAUAAGAGAAUUCAUUUUUUAUUUAAGGUGUAUUGCUUUAGAAUUAUCAGUUUUUCAUCACAUUUUAAAGAAUGAUAUAUUUUUAUUUAAUUCAAACACAUUUGUCAAACAGCGAACUUCAGGAAACAUCUCAGUUUUCUCUUUUCUUUCAUAAAGUGGUAAUGUUGAUUUCCAUCUACCGAAAUGUAUUUCCAAAUAUUAAUGAAACCGAUACCAAUUUAGUUUUGCAACAACUUGGUCAAUGUUUAUUAAUUGCGAGACCAAAUAUUUUUUCUAUUGAACGCAGUUAAUUUUACAUAAUAAUUUUAUUAUUUUUCGCUUAAAAAGAGCCAACCUUUAUGAAGCUUUAAAGAAUGUUAGUAAAUAAAAACCGCAAUUGUUUUAGUUAGUUUAAUAAUGUUUACUCUGUAAUUUCCUUCGUUCGAAUUUAACCUAAGACUGCUACGGCUUAGCGGUAGAAGGCGAUACACUCCGAACUAAUAUUUUCGAGAUAUCAUUGUUGUGUGAGGAAAUAUGAGCUUUAAAAAGAAAUGGAGUUUCGGCUUUAUAGUUGGUGUGUACAUAGUAUGAAUACUACGAUGAGAUAGAAUCGAAUGUAAUAAACACGUAUCAGUAUAUUUAAAUCUUAGUGUACGUAUUACCGUGUAAUAUUCCGUUCAGACUAAUUAAUUGAUGCAUGUUGAUUUAAUUCGAGAAUAUACUCUGCUGCAAAAUAAAGGCACCAAUCUACAAAAAAACUUGAUUUCGAUAGUGUGUGUAGGAAGAUUAAUUAUAGCUAGUUAUUUUGGCUAACUGACUAUAUUACAAUUCUUACACACUACUUCUUUUGUACACUAAUUUUAUUUUUAUAGAUUUUUGGUGCGUUUAUUUUGAAACAAAGUAUACAUCAAAAGACCAAGGAAAGAUAAAAUACAAAUUUUUCAGUAAUAUUAAAUGUAGGUCACAUGUGUUAAGUUUUGAAAAAAGACUAUUUUUAUUUAAUUGUUAAUUUUAUAUUAAAUAAAUUGCCGAAUAGACUGUCCCUGAGAGAAGUACGACCAAUUAACAACUGGAAGUGCCAGCAGGGAAUACAAAUAUAUUUAUAGGAAUUCAUAAACAUUCUUUAGGGAAGUGAUUCAUUAUUGUUUUGACCAGAUGUUAUUUCUUUGAAUAACUGUAUACGUAUGUUUGGAUUUUUAUAGCACAAAUUAUAAAAAAAAUGAAAUAAAUGUAAAUAAUGGUCGUGUAAGUUUUAUUGAAAUAAAAGGAUCAGUUAUGAAUUCCAGUUCAAAUGCUUAUUAUAGAUUUAAAAACUGUUUGUACCUACUUUUAUCAUUAGCGCUUAGCAGCUAAACAAUUUUUACGAAUUUCAGGAAAAUGGUACAUUUAAAAAAAAUUUUUCUUUAUACAUAAAACGAUUGUUUAAUUUGUAUUUACCAUUUAAUCAAACCAGAACAAACUUUCAUUGGCUGUAAAUGAUAAAUCACAUAUCAAAUUUUUGUUUUUCAGUUUAGUUCGAAUACAAAAUUGAUUUCUCUCUAGCAAAAAAUUUUUGGUAGAAAAAAUUAGUGCUGUGAUGAAGUGAAUUAUGAACAAGUUAUUACUCUUUUCAUAUUGAUUUUAAUCGAGAUAACUAAUUUAAUGUGAAACUGUGUAGUAGUCACCAUCGAACGCCGCCUGGUAGUGAGUGGCUGACUAUACAAUACGUCGACAGUAAAAUCUUAAUAAUAAUCUUAACCGGAGAAUAAAAAAACGUUUAUUGUGAAAUUGAGCAUUUACUCAAUUAAGUAUGCUGACAUUGCCUACCAUAUUAAGUAUAAUUACUACACGGUACGGCUACAGUGCGAGCUUAUUGAGUUUAAUAAUCUCUUUUAAAUUUGCUAAUUCUUGACAAAAAAUUGCAUUUAAAAGAAAAAAAGAAGCUUUAAAAUUUUAUUUGCAUCUGAUUAUUUUUGUACCUGUUGAAAUUUGUCUAUGGUAAUAUACAGGAUGGAUUAAAAAUCGCCACCCAUUGAAAAAUUUGCGUAAUCUUGUUUGUGAUUGGAAAUUAUCUACUUUUUUCAGAUACACACAAUUAGAUACUUUUAUGUUGUGUAAUGACUUUUGGCCCAUUCUGUAUUUUAUGUAAAAUAAUAAUAAAAAUUUAUUCUUAAAAUUCCAUAUAAAUUAAUUAAAUUUAUGUAUAUGCAGUGUCAUUCUUACAUUUUUAGUGUACUCAUCACAUGUUAUAGUAAUAACAAUUAAAAUGAACUAAUGCGUUUUUAAUGGCACAAAGUGUACACAAAUUAUACUUUUGUUCAAGUUGAUCUAUUAUCGAAUCUGUAACUCCUACUCAAGGAUUUAGAACCACACUAUUCAAUUCUUUCCAAAACAAUUCAGUCUGUUUCACUGUCAUUCAGUCUGUAUAUAGAUCCGUUUCUUCUCCUUAAUCCCAUGGAUUGCAAUCAGAGGUAGCUUUUUAGUGACAUUUUCAUGGCUUAUCCAAUUUCAUUUAUGUUUGCCCAACUUUACAGCUGAUCUAAUUCUUAUGCAAAAUCUUCUAAAAUUGCCGGAGUUAAAGAAAAAAUAGAAAAAAUGAAUAGUUUCUUCAAAAAUUUAAAAGGACAGACAUUAUAAUUUUCUAUAUUCAUUUGCAGGGUAGUUUUGAACUGAUUCAUGCGUUCAAUCAUUCUUUGAAGCGUUUAGUAUCGCGGCUACCGUUAGCAUAGAAAAAUACUCUUAAGACAUUAUUCAAUCUUAAAAAUUUCGUAUAUUUUACUUUUUUCUUUUUUAAUUAGAAAACUAACAGAUCAUCUUGAAUACAUACAAGAACCUACCUACUACUGAUUGUAGGUAUAAAUAAUUUCAAUCUUCGUCAUAAUUUAUCAUGUUUUUGCACUCACACAUUCAGUGACAGUGCUAUUUCAUUGAUAAAAAUAAAGCAUAAUAAAUUAGAAACAUUUAUUAUUAUUUUUAUUUUGAGAAGAAUAAUUAUCUCAAAACAUUAAGUUUAAG